AUGGCUCAAGUACAUUCAUCGCCGUGGUCCAGAUGGGAUGCACCGGGUUAUCUGUAUGUGUCAAAUAAAACCAAGCAACCAUUUCCGUUACAGUACGAUACUGGAUUUGAAAAUUCUGGACUACAGUUUGGAAAUGAAGCACGACUAAGGUUAAUAGGAGCCAACAGACUCCUUGACCAAAAGGCAGAUCCAAAUGAUGCAAAUUUCAUUGACUGUAUAUAUGGAAUGGAAAAUUCUCCAGUUCGUGUCGUCAAACGAUGUCUGGCAAAUGUUGGAUGUUGUGAAACAGCGUGCUGUAGAAAUCCUUCAUGGCAAGGAAAGUACGCUUGGGCAAUUGCACUCCUUUCUCUGUUUUGUGCUCUUGUUCUUCUUUCUUUGUUCGCAACAUUAUUUUGCUGGUUGUAUAAUCGUGCCAGAGAUAAGCGUCAAAAACGAUGCAUUAACCAAUCAUUGGAUGGGAUGAGUCCAGCCAUAUCACAAGCAAAUCUAACUACAUUGGAAAAUCGAAAUGAAAGUGGUUAUUAUCCGUAUGUUGGUGGACCUAAUCAAUACUGA